GACGCCAUCACCGCGCGACCGCUUUCCGGGAGACAGGAGUCACAAGCCACAAGGUACCGUUCGCGACUGGUUUUGAGUUUUUCUCGAGUUCCAUCCAAACUGGUCAUAAUGGCAGGUGAAGAAAUUAAUGAAGAUUAUCCCAUGGAAAUUCAUGAGUAUUUGUCAACAUUUGAGAACUCCAUUGGUGCUGUGGAUGAGAUGUUGAAAACCAUGAUGUCUGUUUCUAGAAAUGAAUUGUUACAGAAGUUGGACCCACUUGAACAAGCAAAAGUGGAUUUAGUUUCUGCAUACACGUUAAAUUCAAUGUUUUGGGUUUAUUUGGCUACUCAAGGAGUUAAUCCUAAGGAACAUCCCAUAAAACAGGAAUUGGAAAGAAUCAGAGUAUACAUGAAUAGAGUCAAGGAAAUAGCAGACAAGAAAAAGGCUGGAAAACUGGACAGGGGUGCAGCUUCAAGAUUUGUAAAAAACGCUCUCUGGGAGCCGAAACCCAAGCAUGCAUCAAAAGUUACCAAUAAAGGAAAAAAUAAAAAUUAGCUUUUCGGUGUUGAUGCACACAUAUUCAAAAAGUAUAUCAUUUUUAUUAUCAUCAAAAGUAUCUAAUUAUGUGGCAAUGAAAGGCUUAAAUGUAUUUCUUGUUGAAUUUAUAUGUAAAUAUGUUCUUUGGAUUUGUAAUGCAAAAAUAGUUUUUCCCCAAGAAAGAUUAUUUUUAUUGAUGUUCUCAUAGAGCAGUCUGAAGUUUUAAUGUUAUGAUCUAUUUUAUAUGUAUAGUUUACCAUCUCUUCUGAUGACACUUAUUUCUUUAUAUAGGUCAGUCUUGCAAGUAUCAUUUUAUAAGCAGCUGACUUUAAGCUAAAUGUUCUAUACUAUUUUAAAUGAAUAAUGACCUUAUCUCUGGGCUGGAUUUAUAAGUACAUCUAUUUUCACUAUGUGAUACUAAGAAAGAAUGAAAUGACUUAAUGUCCCUUUUUUCCCCCAUGUAGUUAAUUCAUCAUGUUUUCAUGAGUUGAGGAAUUAAUUGCCUUUUUGAAAUUCGGAGUGUGAAAUUAAAACUUUAAGGUUGUACUUUAAUUUUUGGCACAUUGCCUCAGUGUCCCAUUUAAUAUAAAAUAUAUUCUCAUAAACUUUACAUGGGAAAUAAGGUUGAAUGUUGAUGACUGAAUUUUGGCCAAACUGCUCUCCCCUCUUAAAAAAGACUGUAAAUGUUCUGUAGUUGACUUACUUUUUUGUUUUUGUUAUCCUUAAAAUUGCUUUUAGAAGGUAUUAGGAGAAAUC